UAUUUUUUGUUAAUAAAGUUAAAAAUUUUUGUUGCAAUUUUUUCAUUGUUAAAUGCAGAGUUAGAAAGGGAUGCUGAUGAAGAGCAGAUAAAGGUUGCUUACAGGCGCUUGGCGAAAUUCUAUCAUCCAGAUGUAUAUGAUGGUAGAGGGACCCUUGAAGAAGGAGAAACAGCUGAAGCUAGAUUCAUUAAGAUUCAAGCAGCUUACGAGUUGCUGAUAGAUGAGGAAAAACGAAGGCAAUAUGAUAUGGAUAAUCGAGUCAAUCCUAUGAAGGCAUCCCAAGCAUGGAUGGAAUGGCUUAUAAAAAAGAGAAAAGCUUUUGAUCAGCGGGGUGACAUGGCAAUUGCAGCUUGGGCUGAGCAGCAGCAGCUUCAGUUAAAUCUUCGUGCACGCCGUCUUUCUCGUUCAAAGAUUGACCCUGAUGAAGAAAGAAAAAUUUUGGCUAAAGAGCAAAAGGCAUCCAGGGAGUAUUUUACCAAUACUUUGAAGCGGCAUACACUUGUGUUAAAGAAAAGGGACUUGAUGAGAAAGAAAUCAGAGGAUGAAAAGAAAAGGGUCAUCAGUCAGCUUUUAGCUGCGGAGGGCCUUGAGCUUGAUACAGAUGACGAUGAAACAAAGUAGGUGACGCUGCAGAUACUUAUUCACCACUUUCUAUUGUACAAUACAUUUCAGAAACAUUCUUAAUAUCUUAUACGUAUUUAUUGUACCAAAAAAAAAAAAAAAAACUGUACAUAGCAAUUGCUUCCAAAUUAAUAAAGAAAUUGGCUUUUAUUUUCAGA